AUGCCUCCUUCUCCUUGCCUAAUUGGACUAUGGCAACUAAAUUCUCAUAGUGCACAGGAUCAGUACAUUGCUUUGAUCAAUGCUUCAGAACCGGUGAAGCCCGCUGUGCUCAAUUCCAUAUUCGACAAGCUCCCUCCUAUCAAACCGAACCAAUUAAUUGGUGAAUGGAAUGGAGGGUUCUUCGACACUGGCCAUCAGGUUGCAAGCACCCUGAAAGAGAUACGGUGGGUGGGCAAGUCAUUCAAGUCCACCGACGAUGUGGAUCCAGUGAUCAUUGAAAGAAUGGGGAGCGAAUCAGUUGGGGCAAGUGGGGGUUUGCAUCUGGGUCAUGGAGGGAAAGACACUUGGCAAAGACUUUUUCUUCUAUCUGAAACGAUAGAGUCCUGUGGAUGGCGAUUCUACAAGAAAUCCUAG